AUGGCGACCUAUGGGACAGUGCAAUUAAUUUUGAACUUCGGCCUUAAACGGAAUUUUUCUUGGAAGUUUGUGAUAGCCGACGUCGAAAAACCCAUUAUUGGAGCAGAUUUCUUAUCAAUUUAUAACUUAUUGGUAGAUCUGCGCAACAAACGGCUACUAGAGGGAGAUACAAAAGCACAAAUGAUGGGAAAAGUAACAGAUGCAGUCGUCCCAACUGUUAAAACCUUGCGAAAGGAGCACCACAGCCUAUUGCAAGAAUUUCCGGAUAUUACCAGACCUCAAGGAGCACCUCACACAGUGAAGCAUUCAACAACACACCACAUCAAUACAACACCAGGGCCUCCGAUUUAUUUUAAACCAAGACGGCUCAACGCGGAACGCCUUCAAAUAGCUAAAACAGAAUUUGAAGAAAUGGUGCAGCUCGGAAUCGCUCGACGAUCAAACAGCCCCUGGGCCGCGCCGCUUCACAUGGUACCUAAACGAAACCUCGGAUGA